AUGCGCAACCCCGAAUCGGACCCAGACUUCGCAGAACGAGUCAGCAAGAGGCGACGCAUUUCUUCCCCGACGCGGGAAGACUCAUAUGCAACCAUGAGCCCCGCCAUGCCUGCCAUCGAGCUCACUCCGCUUGAGAGCACCCUACGAACCCUACUCCUCGAUGUCGCACAAUACAUCACCGAGAAGAAAACCACCGCAGGAGGCAGCGAUAUGGCAGGCCACUCCGAAACUGUUUUGCGCUUUACAGGCGGGUGGGUCCGGGACAAACUACUCGGAGUCGAGAGCCAUGAUAUCGACGUGGGCAUCAGCAACAUGACGGGAUACCAGUUCGGUAUGGCCCUGAAAGACUACCUGGAUGUUCCCGAGCAUCUUGAAAAGUACAAGAAAAACCUUCCAAAUGGGGAAAUGCACGACGCCAUUGUGAGCCUUCACAAAAUCGAGGCCAACCCAGAGAAGUCAAAGCACCUCGAGACCGUCACAACCAAAAUUUUCGGCCUGGAUAUCGAUUUGGUCAAUCUACGGAAAGAGACAUACACAGAUGACAGUCGCAAUCCUCAGAUGGAGUUCGGUACCGCUCUCGAAGACGCUCUGAGACGCGACGCAACUAUCAAUGCACUUUUCUACAAUCUUAAUGAGUCACGGCUGGAAGAUCUCACUAAGAGAGGGCUGGACGACAUGAAGAAAAAAAUUAUUCGAUGCCCGAUGGAACCAUACCAAACCUUCAAAGACGACCCACUGCGUGUGCUUCGAUUGAUCCGCUUUGCGAGCAGACUGGGUUACCAAAUCGACCCCGAAACCAAAGCCGCGAUGAAGAUUGAAGAUAUUCGCGAGGCGUUGAAGCUCAAAAUCAGUAAAGAGCGAGUGGGAGCCGAGCUGGAAAAGAUGCUGCGCGGCCCUGACCCUCGUGGUGCAUUGGAGCUCAUCGACCGACUCCAACUGUUCUCCACUAUCUUCGCUAAUCAUCAGGAUGAAGUCAAGGCGGAUACAUCGACAUGGCCACUUGCCUACAAUACUAUGGCACGAUUGCUGCAUCCAGAGGCUGAUAAUAGCGAAGAGGUCCGGGCAGUCACUAAGCGCGUUCGGAAUAUCCUAUUCCGCGACGAGACUACCAUAUACUACGCUUGGAUGAUUACAACCUUUGCUCCCUGGACUUCCAUCCCCGCCCGUGCCGGGAAAGGAUCCAAACCCGUGCCCCCACGAGCUGUUGAGGUUGGAAGAGAUAGUCUUCGUACUGACAACAAGACCCUCAAUGCGCUCCGCGCUUCUGCGCUACAUUACAAGGAAACAAUUGCGACCAAAAAUGCACUUCUCGCCAACGAGAUGAGUGGAACACCGGCAGAAAUCCGACAACGCGUUGGAUUGCAAAUGCGGUCGUGGAAUAAGGACUGGAAACUUUGCAUUCUCCUGGCUAUCAUGCAAGAAGCCAUGGCACUCCGUGACUUUGCAGAAGGUAAACUCCAUCCCUUGAUGAUCACAUUCCAAUUCUCACAAUGUGUAGUUGUCCGUGAAUACGACCAGUUCCUUGCGUACAUUGUAGAAAGCGACCUGGAGGGCGUUUGUGACCUCAAGCCCAUUGUAAACGGCGACGAAAUUAUGAAAAGUCUUGGGGCCAAAAAGGGACCCUGGAUGUCCAAGGCAGUUAACAUGGCUCUGGAAUGGCAACUUCUUCAUCCUGAUAUCACAGAGAAGGAAAAAGUGCUGGAGGAGAUCGUGGGUCGACGAGCAGAAUUAAAGUGA